ACGCAGGUUACAUAAAGGUUAAUGUCGAAGCCGUUUUUCUCAAGGGCCAAAUCCUGGCGCCUCUGCUCCAAGCAGGCCGUCUACGCGACGAUGCGUUCCGCAGGUUCUGGGUCGCGUUCAGCAGUCAGCGCCACCAAUCCCCCAUCUGCAUCUCGAACGACUCGGUCCCCUUGGCCUAUGGGGCCAUUGAUCAUUCUAACAGGUAGAAUAGCGAAUCGUGAAUCGAAUACCCCAGCUCUGUCAGCCACCCAACCCUCAGCGCAAAUUCGGGGCUCGUCAGACCUCAUCCCACCAAUAUUAUCCCAAGCUUCAGGCGUUGUCCUCGACAUCGGUCCAGGCACCGGCACGCAAAUGCCUCUCCUGCGCUCCCCAGCAAUCCGCGCCAUCUACGGUGCGGAACCUUGUCUCGGUCUGCAUUCGGAGCUGCGCGCCCGAGCUGCAUCUGAGGGGUUGGCUGAUAAAUACCACAUCCUCCCGUGCGGUGUCGAGGCGUGUGAUCUUAUCCCUACCCUGCAGACGCAAGGCCUUCUUGACCAUGACACCGAUAUGUCCCCCGCACACUGGUCAACCGGCAACCCCGGGGACGGUGUUUUCGACACGAUCAUCUGCGUGCGCGUCCUGUGUUCCGUGCCGAACAUGCAACGCGCCAUCCGCGAUCUGUACACUCUGCUCCGACCGGGAGGGAAAUUGUUGGUCGUCGAACACGUCGUGAAUCCCUGGAGGACGCCGAAGGGGUCGGUUGUGGCGAGAGGUUUGCAGGCCAUGUAUGGGGUUCUUGGUUGGAGUUGGUAUAUGGGGAACUGUUGCCUGAAUCGGGAUACAGCAGAUGCGCUGAAGAUGGCCGCGGAAAUGGAUGGAGGGUGGGAGUUUGUUGAGCUGGAGAGGUGGUUUGAGACGACACCAAUGCCAUAUGUAUCGGGGGUCCUGGUCAAGAGGCCUCGUUAGCGGUGAAGUGCGAAGUAAGGGGGGG